AUGGAAGCUGUAUGGACACGAGAAAAUAUACGUUCAUUGCAAAAUUUACUUAGGGAUCCUGAGUUGGAAGAUAAUAGUGAUCAGGAUGACGUAAUAACUCCAAUGUCUAAAAUGAAACCAAGUGAUAUUGGUCCCAAGUGUCGUUCUGAAGUCAAGAAAGAAAAACCUAAUGUGAAACAAAAGAAUCCUGAUGAUAUAUGGGAUAUUGAUGAAAUACCAGAAGGUACACAGCAUGAAGAUAUAUAUGAUCCACGCCCUCAGCCCAAAUAUGAAAUAGUGUAUCAGCAAUCAGUAACAGCUGAAGAUGUCUAUUUACAACUUGGGAGAAAAAAUCCAACGACAGCUUGUUGUGAAUACAUGAUUGUCAAAGUAAUACUUCCAGAUACACGAUUGUCUGACAUUAUUCUAGACGUCAAAGAAACAUUUCUUGAUCUGAGAGCACCUAAGUAUAAGCUUGUAUUAUAUCUACCAAAUCCUGUUGAACCAGAUUCAAGUAAAGCAGCUUGGAAUGAAGAUAAAGAAACAUUAGAAAUAACAAUGAAGAAUAAAAGAGAAUCAGAAAAUAGUUCAAAGCUUCUAUCCAAGAACGAAAAAUUAGACGCAUACUCCAGUGGUAGAUCUGAACUAGACCCUAAAGAUUUUAUAAUCACUGACAAGUGCGGUGGUAUAUAUGGCAGAGUUUCAGGGGAAAUAAACGGUCAGCAAUUUUUAAUCCAGAAUUGUAAGAAUUCUUACAUUUACCUCUUAGAUCACUCAAUGACAAUCACUAUUGAUGACUGUUCAGAUUGUACUAUUGUGACAGGGCCUGUAAAGACCUGUUUUUUCAUAAGAGAUUGCCAAAGGUGUAUUAUAGCGACUGCAUGUCAACAAUUUCGGUCGAGGGAUUGUCAUGAUACACUUGUUUUCGUGGCUUGUUCAACAGAACCUAUCAUUGAAUCCUGCACAAAUUUCACUUUUGGUCCCUAUCAGUGUAGCUAUCCAGGUUUAGAAGAUCAUUUCGCUGCAUCAGGUCUCAGUAUAUUUAAUUGCAAUUGGUAUGAUAUCUAUGAUUUCACCCCGGAUGAAAAUACUGAUGCUGUUCAUAUUUCACUACUAAAAACGACUGAUUCAAUAGAUAACCAUAUUUUAACACCACAGAAGGCAUUAGAACAUGAAGGUGAAAAUAGUAAACUUGAAAAUGGAGAUGAUGAUUCCAUGUCUCUUUUGCAACCGUUAAUGUCAAUUCCAUUAUCUUUUUCAACUGAUAACUCUGUUGUUCCUUUUACAAUUGGCAAUAAAUUAUCAAAUAUUACAUUAUCUCAAUCUAUUAAUCAAAUAAUAGAAAAACAAUUUAAUAAAUCUGCCUUAAUUACAAUAUUUCCACAUGAAUCAACUAUUCAAUCAGCUAAAAUAAUAUGUGAUUAUUUACGAAAAACUAAUUCUUGUACUAUUGUUCAGACUAGUUGUUCUCAAUUUUCUGAACAUGAAAUUGAACAAAUUUUCAAAUGUAACUCUAAAGUAUUUAAAUCAGGUAAUGUAAUCACAAUCGAAAUUACGGGAACCUCAAACACACUGGAUACACUUAGUGAAGAAAUCAUGUCUAAAACAAAUCUUACUAUAUCUAGUAAAUUAUAUAUUCAGGUCACUACAGAUUCACUAGAGACAACAAGAAGAAUAAAUUUACUCAACGGACUUCACAGAAUGCAUAUGAACACAUGA